AUGCCUCCGAGAAGAUCACACAAAAAGUCGAGAGCCGGCUGCAAGCGUUGCAAGUCGCGCAAGAUCAAGUGCGAUGAGGUCCACCCAAGGUGCGGCAACUGCCUCAAGCACGGCGUGCCGUGCGACUUCGAGAACCCCGACAUGUUCGACGAACUCCUCACCGCCCUCACACCCUCGAAUACCCAAUCGUCACAGUCUCCCAUUGACAGAGCCUCGUCCACAGCACCAUCCCCAUCAGCACACCGGGCAAAGACUCCCUCUUUUUCUGGCUCACCACCUGCCAUGAACUGCUCACCGCUCUACACCACUCCUUCUACUGCUGCCGUAUCUGCCACGACGACACCUAAUAAUCGACUUCUCGAGUUACGGUUGAUGCACCAAUUCACUUCCAUGACCUCCCGUACGCUAGUGGUGAACACACCCGCCACGCAGGAUAUUUGGACAAACACGGUUCCGAGGCUGGCCUUCGGCGGUGCCACCUACCUGGCGGAUGCUAUGCUUGCCGUUGCUGCAUUACACCUGCGCUCUUUUAAUCCAGACGACAGGGCCCUCAUCAGAGCAUCUCAUUCGUACAUGGCAUCUUCGCUAGCGGCAUAUUGCACAACUUUGCAAAACGGCAUUACUGAGGCCAACGCAGAGUCUCUCUUCCUCACAGCAGCUCUGAUUGCUUUCCAGUCAACAGCUACACGAAUCUUUAUCCGCGACGAAGCCGACCCGAGCGACCCUUCAAGCGCCUACUCUCUACCACUUUCUUGGUUCCACGCUUUCCAGGGUGUCAAAACGGUCGUGGCAACAUCUUGGCCUUGGAUUCGCAAUAGCGGCGUUGUCAUUCCCAUCAUCGACUCGCAACCCGUCCUCCAGCUGGAUCUCGAUGCGACCUCGCCCACCUCUUUCUUUGGAAAGUUGCUCGACAACUUGGACGAGGAGCUUCAAACCGAAGACACUCUUAUGGCUAUGUCAACUAGGCAAUCGUACCAGCAUGCUAUCGCCGUUCUCAACUGGGCACACAAAUUGCCUCAUCGCGGCGCCGCCCUCGCUUUCCCCGCCACCGUGUCAAAGCGCUUCAUUGAAUUGCUAGAAGAGCGUCGACCUCGCGCCCUGACGAUACUUGCUUGCUUCUUCGCGCUGCUGAAAGGAUUCGAGUCAGCAGUGUGGUGGCUAGAUGGUGUUGCUCGCAGAGAAGUCAUGGGCAUUGUCUCCCAGUUUGAAGCCACAAGCCCUUGGUGGGAGCAUCUUGAGUGGCCCGUGCGGAUUGCACUCUACAAGAACACCAUCAUUCCACCAGAAGUCUGGGGUUCCGACUGGGUUACCGAGGAAAGCAAGGCAGAAAAGGGCCACAACAUGACUGCCGAGUCCUUUGUGAACCACAUCGAAAUUCUGACUGGUGUUUUUCAGAAAGCACAGCAAAUCCCGGUGACGGGCAUCACAGUCCCGGCGAACGCAGUGUAA